AUGCUGUGGAACGAGCACAACGAGUUUGUAGCUUAUGAAGUUGGCAAGCCUCGAUUAGACAACAUCAUCCACAUCUGGCUGUCCGCCCUCCUCGCUAUCCUGGUCCCUUCAAUAUUCUUCGUCCUCGCCCAAUUACGCGUCCGGAGCGUAUACGACCUCUACGUAGCAUUUUGGAUGAACAUGCGUGCCGUCGUUACAGGCAGUCUAUUUCAAGUAAUGAACAAGACACUUAUUGGCGGCCUGCGCCCUCAUUUCCUCGACGUCUGCCAGCCAGACCCCUCCCUCGGUCCGGGUAACGGCACGGGCUACCAUGGCCUCUACUACACCUGGGACAUUUGCCAGGGCACCCAGCGCUCCUGGAUCAAGGACUCCGUCAAGUCCUGGCCCUCCGGCCACACCACCGUCGCCUUCGCCGGCUUCACCACCCUCAGCCUCUACCUCAACGGCAAGCUGAAGAUCUUCUCCGACGAGCGCGCAGCGGUAUGGAAGCUUGUCCUCUUUUUCGCGCCGCUGCUGGGCGCUACGCUUAUUGGCGGUUGCAUGAUCCUUGACCACUCGCACCAUUGGUACGAUGUGUUUGGAGGUGCGGUGAUUGGGAUUGGGUCCGCGUUCUCUGGGUACCGAGCGAACUAUGCGUCAAUCUGGGACUACCGCUUCAACCACAUUCCCCUCCAGCGCGCCAAGGUGCGGUGGAACCACCGAGGAGAAGAGGCCCCCGCGGGGCACUUCACGUACUCGACCGCGCCCGAGAACCGCUUCCCGGAUUUCGCCCACGGCCACCGUAUGGAAUGGGCGCCGUAUGGGGGGCCGACGGAUGCAGUGGACGGCGCGCUGACUCGAGAUGAUGACCGCUCGGCGAGAAGGAGGUGGAGGGGGUCCGGGAGUCAAACGGGCGAACAUUCUGUGGAGAGCCGAACGAGGGGCUCUAUCGAGAGCCGGUCAGCCGAGCCCUCGACUUCGUCACGAUCGCCGACGGUCGUACCCUCGCCCGAGUUCGCCCAUAUACCAGACUCACACGAUACCUUGGCAACUUUGCGUAAUUCUAACGGUGAAGUGGUAUGA